AAAAUAAUAGCGUAUAAAUCGAACAUAAUAAGGCAAGGAAGGAAGAAAAAUCAGAACAAGAAACCAAAGUCCUUUCACUUUCCAAACCGUGUGGUGUGCCUUUUGAGUUUUGACUGUUUACGAGGACGACGACGACCAUUCCCUGCGCUUCUUCAGUUGAGUUGGUUCUGCUUGUUGAUUUUGAUGCAUUCUUGAAUUUUUGAGGGCGAAUGAAUGUUUUGGAGCUGAUUUGAUUGCUUGGUUUUACCAAUUCAGCAAGCACCGUUGAAGUUGUUUGACCCAGCACUUGCACAGAUUCAAUACUGAAAUUAAAGAAAAUUGAAUAAAGAGCUGUAGGGUUGGGAUGGGCUGUGAAAUAUCGAAAGCAUGCUGCUGGGGCGCCCGAGAUGAUCAAGUUCCAGAGGCACAAAUUGUUCAAAAUGAAGAUAGAAUUGAGGGCAGUGACUUGCCGCAGUUUCGAGAGUACACAAUUGAUCAGCUCAGGAAGGCUACAUCCGGAUUUGCAGUAGAAAAUAUAGUUUCUGAGCAUGGAGAAAAGGCACCAAAUGUGGUCUAUAAAGGGAAACUUGAAAACCAAAUGCGAAUAGCUGUCAAACGGUUCAACAAAUUAGCCUGGCCAGAUGCACAGCAAUUUAUGGGGGAGGCCAGAGCUGUAGGUCAGCUAAGGAACCAUAGAUUGGUAAAUCUCCUUGGAUGUUGCUGUGACGGUGAUGAAAGGUUGCUUGUCGCAGAAUUUAUGCCCAAUGAGACUUUGGCAAAGCACUUGUUUCAUUGGGAAACUCAGCCGAUGAAAUGGGCAAUGCGACUGAGAGUUGCCUUUCACCUUGCCCAAGCUUUGGAGUACUGUACCAGCAGGGGACGUGCACUAUAUCAUGACCUAAAUGCUUACAGAGUUCUUUUUGAUGAUGAAUACAAUCCUAAACUUUCAUGCUUUGGUCUGAUGAAAAACAGUCGAGAUGGGAAAAGUUAUAGUACGAAUUUGGCAUUUACGCCGCCUGAGUAUCUGAGGACAGGUAGAGUUACUCCAGAGAGUGUAACUUAUAGCUUUGGGACCCUUUUACUUGACCUUCUUAGUGGAAAACAUAUUCCUCCAAGCCAUGCUCUUGAUCUGAUUAGGGACCGGAAUGUUACGACACUAACAGACUCUUGUCUAGUGGGAGUUUCUUCUCUUGCGCUGAUGGGCAUACCAGAUGGUGCUGCUGCCUUUCCCCUUACUCCACUUGGUGAAGCAUGUCAGCGAAUGGAUCUGACUGCCAUACAUGAGGUGUUGGAGAAACUUGGGUAUAAAGAUGACGAGGGUGCAGCAACUGAGCUUUCGUUUCAAAUGUGGACCAACCAGAUGCAGGAAACAUUGAACUCAAAGAAGAAGGGUGAUGCUGCUUUUCGGCAAAAGGAUUUUAGAACCGCAAUUGAUAGCUAUACACAGUUCAUUGAUGUUGGAACCAUGGUUUCCCCAACGGUCUAUGCACGACGUAGUCUGUGCUAUCUCAUUAGCAGCAUGCCGGAGGAGGCGCUUAAAGAUGCAUCACAGGCACAAUCAAUAUCUCCUGUUUGGCACAUAGCAUCCUAUCUACAAGCUGCUUGUCUCUUUGCGCUGGGCAGGGAAGCGGAGGCUCGAGUAGCCCUUAAAGAGGCCUCUUCAAUUGAAACCAAAAAGAACACAAACUAGUUUACAAUGUUCCCUUAAAAACCGUUGUUUUCCCUGUGACUGAUGAUAGGUUCCUUACAUAUAGUACACAUGCUGGUUUCUCAAUGUUUGGGCAACAUGACAUGACUGGUUCGUCAUUCUUUUGCACAGACAGGCUUAAGGGUCACCACAGAAUUAUAGUGUCUAUUUGCAUUUUAGGGUUAUUUUGGUGUUUAUAAAGAGUCAUGGUUAGAAGUAACUCUGUGAGUUAUGUCGGCAUUUGUUGGGUAACUGGCAAAUGCUAUUUGAUAUGCUUUUUUGUAAUUUAAUGUACAGAACAAUUGGUCAUGGCUAUCGUGUCAACAUGAAAUAGGCUCUCUUUUUGUAUCUAAUAUAUGCAUAUAGAUAUUCUUUGAAUCUUUAUUCGGUUACAUUUAAUCAGAAAUUAGUACUGUCUUUGUUUCUA